AUGACCGCCUCCACUGCUUCCACCACCAUACCCGCCGUUGCUGAGGUUGUAGUCGUUGCCACUGCCUUCGCGGCGACCUCUGUAUCCGUCGUCACCGCUGCCAGGGGAUUAGGUCUCGUUGAUGGUGAUGCUCCUGCUGUCGAGAUUUUGGCCGUUCAUCUCCUCGAUCGCAUCUCUCAUGGACUUCUCAUUGAUGAGGGAGACGAAUUUGAAGCCACGGGACCUCCCGGACCCGUUCAUAUUCUCUUAUGGACUGGGUCUUUGGCCCAUUGGGCCGGAAAAAUUCAAAUCCUACCGUCGUCUCCUCCUCCGACGGCCGGUUUCCCCGUAGGGUUUCAUCUCGGCUGGAAAACUUCCGACUUCCGAGCUGCUGUAUGCAUUCGAGCCCCCAGGCAGCUCUCUCUGACUUUCGUUCUCGUUCUUCGUCUUCAGUGGCUCUUCAGCUCUCCGCCGAGCUUCAGCCGUCGACAACUUGAGAAAAUGGAGGCAGGGAAGAGGAAACAGCCGGACACCUCAACUCCGACCCAACAAUCACCGCCGCCGGACGAGGAAGAAUCGGCCUCCAAGAGGCGGGGCCUCAGCCGCACCUGCGUCCACGAGGUGGCAGUCCCAAAUGGCUACACCUCUGCCAUGGACGACUCCGUCUACGGGUCGCUUUCCAACCCUAAAUACACCGGUGAGAUGGCCAAGACCUACCCCUUCAAGCUCGACCCCUUCCAGGAAGUGUCCGUGGCUUGCUUGGAGAGGAACGAGUCGGUCCUGGUGUCAGCUCACACCUCCGCCGGAAAAACGGCCGUCGCAGAGUAUGCCAUUGCCAUGGCCUUUAGGGACAAGCAGAGGGUUAUAUACACUUCCCCUUUGAAGGCUCUGAGCAACCAGAAGUACAGAGAGCUCAGUCAGGAGUUUAAUGAUGUCGGGUUGAUGACAGGGGAUGUCACUCUCUCACCCAAUGCUAGCUGUUUGGUGAUGACCACUGAGAUUCUCAGGGGAAUGCUUUACCGGGGCUCCGAGGUGCUAAAGGAGGUCGCUUGGGUGAUCUUCGAUGAGAUACACUACAUGAAGGAUAGGGAAAGAGGGGUGGUUUGGGAGGAGAGUAUCAUAUUCCUUCCGCCAGCGAUCAAGAUGGUCUUCCUCUCGGCAACAAUGUCGAAUGCUACUGAGUUCGCGGAGUGGAUAUGCAAUAUACAUAAGCAGCCUUGCCAUGUGGUGUACACGGAUUUUCGUCCAACCCCCCUGCAGCACUAUGUCUUCCCAAUGGGCGGGGCUGGGCUAUAUCUUGUGGUCGACGAGCAGGAGCAGUUCAGGGAGGAUAACUUUCUCAAGCUUCAAGAUACUUUCUCGAAGCAGAAAGUGAUCCCAGGGUCCAACAAAGUGUCCAAUGGCAAAGGCAGCGGUAGAAUUGCCAGGGCCGGGAAUGCUUCGGGGGGUUCUGAUAUCUACAAAAUUGUGAAGAUGAUCAUGGAGCGUAGAUUUCAACCGGUUAUAGUAUUCAGCUUUAGUAGAAGGGAAUGUGAACAACAUGCAAUGUCUAUGUCCAAGCUUGAUUUUAAUAGCAAGGAGGAAAAGGAUGUUGUGGAGCAGGUUUUUCGCAAUGCAGUGCUUUGCUUGAAUGAGGAGGAUAGAAACUUGCCUGCUAUUGAGUUGAUGCUGCCAUUACUUCAAAGGGGCAUUGCGGUCCAUCAUUCUGGCCUCCUUCCUGUUCUUAAGGAAUUGGUGGAACUUCUCUUUCAGGAAGGCUUGGUGAAAGCCCUUUUUGCCACGGAAACUUUUGCCAUGGGCUUAAAUAUGCCUGCCAAGACCGUUGUCUUUACAUCGGUUAAAAAGUGGGAUGGUGAUAGUCAUCGGUACAUAGGAUCUGGUGAGUAUAUUCAGAUGAGCGGAAGGGCUGGGCGUCGUGGAAAAGAUGACCGUGGUAUCUGCAUUAUAAUGAUAGAUGAGCAGAUGGAGAUGAAUACGCUCAAGGACAUGGUUUUGGGAAAACCAGCUCCUUUGGUUAGUACAUUCAGGUUGAGCUACUACUCCAUUUUGAAUUUGAUGAGCCGUGCUGAAGGACAAUUCACUGCAGAACAUGUGAUAAAGAACUCAUUCCAUCAGUUUCAGUAUGAGAAGGCCUUGCCUGACAUUGGCAAAAAGGUAUCGAAGCUGGAAGAGGAAGCUGCUAAGCUUGAAGCUUCAGGGGAGGUUGAAGUGGCGGAAUAUCACAAGCUGAAGUUAGAAAUAGCUCGACUUGAGAAGAAGAUGAUGGCAGAAAUAACCAGGCCCGAAAGAGUCCUAUAUUAUCUUCUUCCUGGCCGACUGGUAAGGAUAAGGGAAGGUGGAACAGAUUGGGGCUGGGGAGUUGUUGUUAAUGUCAUAAAAAAGCCAUCUACUGGUUUAGGCACAGUGCCUUCGCGAGGUGGUAAUUACAUAGUGGAUACUUUGCUCCAUUGCUCACCUGCUCUGAGUGAGAAUAGUUCACGACCAAAACCAUGCCCACCUUGUCCUGGAGAAACCGGUGAAAUGCAUGUGGUCCCUGUGCAGUUGCCUCUGAUUUCUGCUCUUAGCAAAGUAAGGCUUAAUGUUCCUUCAGAUCUCCGACCAUUGGAAGCAAGGCAGAGCAUACUGCUUGCAGUACAGGAGCUGGGAAGUCGUUUCCCUCAGGGCCUCCCAAAGCUCAAUCCUGUAAAGGACAUGGGUAUUGAGGAUCCUGAAAUUGUUCAGUUAGUCAAUCAGAUAGAGGAACUUGAACAUAAAUUGUUCUCUCAUCCACUGCACAAGUCUCAAGAUGUGAAUCAGAUGAAAUCCUUUCAGAGGAAAGCAGAAGUAAACCAUGAAAUUCAACAGCUCAAAUCGAAGAUGCGAGAAUCACAGCUGCAAAAAUUCCGAGAUGAACUUAAAAACCGUUCCCGGGUCUUGAAAAAACUUGGCCACAUAGACGCGGAUGGUGUUGUCCAGUUAAAGGGCCGGGCAGCCUGCUUAAUCGACACAGGAGACGAGUUACUUGUCACGGAAUUGAUGUUUAAUGGUACAUUCAACGAGCUCGAUCAUCACCAAAUCGCUGCACUUGCAAGUUGUUUCAUUCCUGGAGAUAAAUCCAAUGAACAGAUUCAUUUGAGAAUGGAACUCGCUAGACCAUUGCAACAGCUUCAAGACAGUGCCAGAAGAAUAGCAGAGAUACAACAUGAAUGCAAGUUGGAAGUAAGCGUCGACGAGUAUGUGGAAUCCACCGUGAGACCAUACUUGAUGGAUGUGAUCUACUGCUGGUCAAAGGGCUCAAGCUUUGCAGAAAUCAUACAAAUGACUGAUAUUUUUGAGGGCAGUAUUAUUAGAAGUGCGAGAAGGCUUGACGAGUUCUUGAAUCAGUUACGAGCUGCUGCUCAGGCUGUUGGAGAAGCUGACCUUGAGAACAAGUUCGCUGCAGCCAGUGAAAGCCUUCGGCGAGGGAUCAUGUUCGCCAAUUCCCUAUACCUCUAGUAAUUAUGCUACGGGUCAGUUAUUGCUAGGGAUGCAGAAAUAUUUACAGAUACACCGUCCAUAGGAAGUUGACGAAUCGUUAGUUUACGUCUUAGUUCACUGGUUUUGGUCUCAAGUUGUAUCUCCAAUUGUUUAACCAUCUUUGUGAACAUGGACAUGGUUGCUAGUAUAACCAGAUGGAGGAAGCGGUGAAUUUGUACAGGUAGUUUUGGAAUCUGCUCGUACUGCGAAAAUGUAUGGAGACGGUGAAAACAACGAACAUCGGAACGAGCCUUGUUUUGUUUGGAUAUGGAAAGCGCUCCUUCUGCUUAUUUCAA